AUGAAUCAGCAGUACUAUUUCGCUCUUCAGCAACAAGGUCCUCCACAACAACAAGGUGGCUACUACCAACAAGGCCCACCACAACAGCAGGGUGGCUACUACCAACAACAGCAGCCCAUGUAUGUCCAACAGCCUCCUCCAAGGGAAGAGGGUGGUUGUGGAUGCUGUGGUGGAUGUCUUGCAGCCCUUUGUUUCUGCUGUGCUCUUGAUGCCUUGUGCUGA